CUGUCUCUGGAUGUCCCAUUCGUGACGACGUGUAUACGUGGCGCUGUGAUAGCAACAUGCCGCUGUGAAGUGGCGAGCGAUCGGUGCACGAGAGGAGAUAGGCAUAUGUCAUUUUUAUGAUUGUACAGUAAAAUUCAAGCUAAGAAAAUGAGGUGGCUCAGCACGUGCGUAUUCCUCGUCAUUUCCAUUGUCAGCGUACGCUCCUACUUUAUUACCGUGGAUGCCCACGCCGAGGAAUGUUUCUUCGACAAAGUUGAAUUCGGCACCAAGAUGGGCCUCACAUUUGAAAUAGCAGAAGGUGGAUUCUUGGAUAUAGAUGUUAAAAUAGUUGGUCCUGAUGGUAGGAUGAUUUAUCAAGGCGAACAAGAAAGCAGUGGAAAGUAUACAUUUGCUGCUCAUACGUCAGGAGUUUACACUUACUGCUUUAGUAAUCAGAAGAGCACGAUGACACCAAAAGUGGUGAUGUUUAAUAUGGACAUAGAUGAAAAUCGAAAACAGGCAGAGGAUAAUGCUGGUGGGGAAGGUGGUCAAGAUGGAGAGGGAAAUCAUGGAAAGUUGGAUGAUAUGAUCAAAGACUUGAGCACUAGCUUAUGGGGUGUGAAGAACGAACAGGAAUACAUGCAGGNNCGUGAUCGCAAUCACAGGGCGAUCAACGAGAGUACAAAUUUCCGUGUCGUGGUAUGGGCAUUCUUUGAGGCCAUGGUGCUGGUUUGCGUGACGAUAGGGCAAAUCUUUUAUUUGAAGCGAUUCUUUGAGGUCCGGAGAAUUGUCUAACUUAAGUGUAUUUGAGAAUACACUACGUGAAUUAAUUGUACAUUUUUCUAUGUAAUUAAAUUAUGUCUCAUUACACGAUAAGUCAGCGCAGCGGUAAAUACGUUCUCCAUUCUCUAUCGAGAUUAGACCUACACUGUACAUCAUUAGUAUUAAGAUAUUUCCUAUAUCUAUAAGAUUUCUAAUAAACAAAGAAUUUGUAACGGGAUAAUAUCGAGGAUUUAGGCAAAUCCGCGAAUAUUUCCAUAACGGUAAAAGUGAUCAAUAAGAAAAAAUUAUAUAUGUAAUAACAAAAGAAAAUAUAAUGCAUCUUUCUAUAAUU